CUCGGUCUCUCUCUCUCUCUCUCUCUAGGCUAGCACUCGGGGAUGAGUAAGGGACCGGGACUAUUAGCCGACAUCGGCAAAAAAGCCAGAGAUCUGUUGACGAGAGAUUGCAACACCGAUCACAAGUUCAGUAUCUCCACUAACACUCUCUCCGGCUUCGCUCUUACUUCCACUGUCCUUAGGAAAGGAGUAGUCCACGCUGCUGAUGUUUCCGCUCAAUACAAGUACCGAAACGCUCUCUUCGACGUCAAGAUCGACACUGAUUCAAACGUCAUGACAACCAUCACAAUCACUGAGAUCCUCCCCUCUACAAAAGCCAUCGCUUCCUUCAAAGUCCCUGAUUACAACUCCAGCAAGCUUGAGGUUCAAUACUUCCAUGAUCACGCGACGGUUACAGCCACCGCAGCUUUGAAACAAAACCCUCUGGUCGAUCUAACAGCUACUCUUGGCUCCCCAACUAUCUCAUUCGGUGCCGAAGCUGGUUACGACACCACCUCUCGGUCUUUCACUAAGUACAACUUCGGAAUCAGUGUCACAAAGCCUGAUAAAUGCGCCUCCGUUAUACUUGGAGAUAAAGCAGAUUCGAUCAAAGCCUCUUAUCUCCAACACCUAGAUGAGUCCAAGAGGAGCGCUGCGGUGGGAGAGGUUUACAGGAAGUUCUCGACGAACGAGAACGUGAUUACUGUUGGUGGAUUGUAUGCGGUUGAUCACUUGACGAGUGUGAAAGCUAAGCUGAAUAGUAAUGGUAAGCUUGGAGCUCUUGUGCAGCAUGAGGUUCUCCCGAAAUCGAUUGUGACGAUCUCUGGGGAGAUUGAUACCAAGACGUUGGAGAAGUACCCGAGGUUUGGUCUCUCGCUUGCUCUUAAACCUUGAUGAGAGCUACAAGUUACCAAGGACUUGAGUUUUUCGGUUUUGCGUUUUGUUUUCGGUUAAAUAAUGAGCUGAGCUGGUAGAGGUAAAACUUGUUUUGGAAGACUUAUUUUUCGGAUUUGUUGUUUUGGGCUGUUCUUGAACCACGCUCAGUGAAACAAUUAUAUAUCAGUUUCUUUCCAAGUUGAAUUCUCC